AUCCUGGCAGGCUGGUGGAGGCGAUGAUGGCGGUGGAGGAGGGCAAGGAAUGGCAUGGCCUGGUGCGCAUGCCGCCCAGCCUGCUGCCCGUCCAACAAGAGUCACCCGACGCCGCAAAUCCCACCGCCCAUGUCGUCCCCGCCGCCCCCGCUCCCGCCGCCGCUGCUUCUGCUGGCACUGUGCAAACCCUCAUGGACGGCUGCGACACCACCCUCGCUCCUUUGGACGAGCGAGCCUCAACAGAUUUUCCCUACCAUGCCCCCGACCACCACCACCAACAACAACAACACCCUCUGCGCCGUUUCAAGGUCAUCAGCCAGGCCUCAUGCGGCACGUCAGCUGAAGGCCCGCCGUCUUCACGUGAAGCGCCCCCAGCUUCGGCAGCAUCUGGUGCGGCGUCUUCAGCUGAGGUGUCCUCUGCUUGCUGGCCCUCCGGCCCGGUUGCCGCCUGCGACCCAAGCCGCUCUUUCCACAUGAGCUACGUGUUGCAGCAGAUGCGCGCCGCGGUGCGCCAACAGCACCAGCAACAAGUGCAGCAGCAGCAGCAACAACAACGAUUGCCGCAGCAACAACAACUGGAGCAGCACCCCAGCCCCAACCACGCCGUGUCGCUGAAUGCCGCUGGCUGUGGCUCCGGCGACAAGGCCUUAUCAAUGACGGAAACAUGCCUAGGCGGCGACGCUGGUGCUGGUGGCAACGGUGACGGCGGUGGAAGCAACGCAUAUGCCAUCCAACAGCCUUCUGCUUCGCCCGCCACUGCCGUACCUCCUCUCCAAGCCACCCAAGGCGCCUUGACGAAGCAUCAACGCGGCCCGCCGCCGCCAGCCCGCAGCCACCUCGCGGCUCAAGCGUCAUGCGCCGCAGCAGAGGCGGCCGCAGCGGGAACCACAGGGCUGCACGCCGGCGCGCAGGUCGGCUGUGUUGCGUCGGUGGUUCCGUACCUUUUGACCGGGGACGCCCCCUUAGGAGGGCCACAGGAACUGGGAGGCUGCGGGGCUCAGCAGUUGGACGUGUCGUCCUUCCACCGGCCUCAACCGCUGGCCGACGUGGGUGAAGAGGAGAGCGAGUUUGAGGGAGAUGGGCUGAGCAGCACCGCCACCACCACCGUCGGCUUGGCGGACGAAGCAUCGGAGAAACCCUUGGCAACCAGUUCUCAGCCUGCGCCUCAGCCGCCGCUGAAACCCACACCAGCACUCCUCGUCAUCGAGACGAGCCCAUGCGCUCAGUCCAGCCCCGGGCAGGAUGUGUCUUCCCCGGGCCCCGGCUUUGCCCGUCUCAGCGCCGCCGCCGCCACCACUAGCCCGGGCAGCAGCCCCACCACCACCGCCACCGCCUCCCACAUGGCUGAGCUGCUGCUGGCGUCCAAGGGCUCCCGGGCCUCGCGCUCCUUCACCGCGAUUGCUCCCUCUUCCCUGGCUGCCGCCGGCCUCUCCGGCAACCCACCCGCCUCCGGCGGCGGCCGCGUUUCCCGCAUGCACCGAUCCCGCAGUGGCCUCGGCCUGCCAGACGCCACCACCGCCGCUGCUGCUGCCCCUCUCGUGACGCGGAUGCGGUCGCUGAGCCGGCGCAGUCGCCGGCGGUCCAGCGUGGAUGCCGUACAGCCCGGUGCUGCUGCGGCUGCGGCUGGUGGGGCGAGUCUGAUGGUGGGAUCCUCGGGUGUUGGGUUGCUGGAGGGCGGCGAGGGCCGGCUGGAUGCGGGUCGGGAGCUGGAGCUGGAGGAUGACCUUGCGGAGGGCAGGGCGCUGGACACGGGGCCGGAUCACCACGUGGUGGCAGGCGCAGGCCGCCUGGGCGCCUCCUACCUGCUGGGCACCGCCACCACCAGCGAGGGCUUCACCAUCGAGCUCUUCAGCCGCAGCAUGGCGAACAGCGGCGGAGCAGGCGCAAGCGACAGCAACAGCGGCGCCAGCGGCAACACGGGCGGCAGCACACCGCAGGGCUGUAGCGGGGCAGCUGCAGCAGCAGCUGGUGCUGGUGCUGGUGCACCUGCUCAGGAAGUCAGAGGAGGAGCAGGUGGAAGCGGAUCAAGGGAUGCUGGUGAGGGCAUGGGAGCAGGCGCAGAGGCUUCGGCGUAUGGCGGUGCAGGAGUGGGCGCUAAUGCCAGGGCUACCCUGGCGGGUUCGGAGCAGGAUGUGCGGAGUGUGACCUUGCGGCUGAAGAGCCCUGCGACGACGUUGAUGUCGCCUGGAGGGUGCGAGGCACAUUGCUCGUCUGCCAGCGCUGGCCUGCAUCAGGGCAUCAGCGCCGCGCUUAAGGCCUGGUACGAGGAGUUUCCCGCACCGCCGGAGGCAUCCCAGGGACAGCAACCGGAGGCGGCGGGCGGCCGACUGCCGACGGUUGACGGCGGGGAGCUUGUUGGCGCCGUGUUCACCUGCGCCUCUCAGGAGAAGAGCCAACAUGCCAGCGGUGUGCUGCCGGCAUCUCAGCAGGCAGGAGAUCCACAGCAAGCGUCAGUAACACCGCCCUCGCCGCUCCCUGACCGGGGUGGCAACGAGGCGGGCGAGGACAGCGAGGAGGAGGACUUGAUCGCCGCUUCUGAUACUCUGCUGUGGGCCGCACCACGCCAUCCGGCGGCCCUGCAUGUGCCGCCGCUGCUGAGCUCCCUCAGCAGUGAGACGCUGGCGGCAGUCGCGCCGGCCCCCACACACGCCUCGAACACUGACUACCAGCAGGAGCAGCAGCAACCGCAGCAACCGCCAUCCCCGCCGCAGCAAAAGGGACUGGUAGCCGCGCCCUGGCCGCACUCCCGCGCCCCAGUUGUCGCAUCCAGGGACCCCCGCACCAGAACCAGCGCUGUCUCCAAGCCAGCAACCUCCCCCGGACCUGCAGGGGCGCAGCAGCAGCCCCAGCAGCAGCAAUCGUCCACGGACCAACCAUGCGGUUGUGGCUACGGUGCUGACUCUCAGUCUCAGUUAAACGAGUUGGGUCUCAUCCUGGUGGGUCCUGACAGCACGGGAGAGCGCGGAAGCGGCACGGAGGCCGGGCCCAACAGCAGCUCAGGUCCCCGCCCUGGCAGUGCCACCAACAGCCCGCAGUUCUGGUCCCUGGCAGGCACCAUCCCGCCACCUCCCGGUGGUCCCCGUACCAGCCAAACUGGCGGCAUGUUGGGUGCGGUGGCGGGCGGCCGGCCCCGCCUGCAGAGCACCCGCUUCCGUGUCCCACCGGCCCCGCCCCAGAGCGUCGCCUCGUCUGAAGGACCCCGAAGAAGCCAGGAACCGCCGCCUGUGAUUACCAUUGCCGGCGGUGUCACGGCUGCCACCUCUGUUGGCCUGCGGUCGGCACUGCCGGGGACCCUCAGCCCGCUCCUGGACCCGCGGCCUUCACCCUUCCUGGACUGGCAGCCGUUGCCACCGCCGCAGCCUCUGCCGCCACCCGCUGCCCACCUGGCCUCCUCCUGCUUCACUGCGGCAGAUAUGUUUGGCAAUGUCUCCGCGCCACAAGCCCAGCCGCCAACCAUGCCACUCCUUGCUGCCACGGCCGUCGCGCCACAAGCUAUGCUCGAGGCCACCUCCUCCCUGUCUGAGCCCCCGGGCAACCCGCCAUCUGGCCCCACCCACACUCGCAGCUGCAGCGCUGGCUACGGCCUGGGUGCUGCUGCUCCCGCGCAUGACGCCCUGCACAUGCACCUGGAGGCCUCCGCCGGCAGCAGCACGCUGCCCCUGCGCGCGCACCAAUGCAUGCACUCCAUGCCCAUCGCCUCCUCCAGGCCGCUGUCCCCCAGCACGAGCUACCAGAACGGCUUGCAGCACAACAGCCAGCACCAGGACCCCCGCUCGCGCCUGCGUGCCAUGCUGCGGUCCCUGCUCAACACCAGUGUAGGCGGCCGCCGCCAAACACGUGGCCCGAGCGUCAACAGCAGCCACGCCCGUCGAACCGUCUGCGGCAGUGCUUUCGCAGCCUCGCAUGUCAGCAGCGCCAAUGCGGCGGUGGGAAGGCAGCCCCCCGGCAGCCCUUUUACACUGAUUAGUCCUUCGCAGGUAUGGGGCCCCUCCCUGCGCGACAUUUCCUCCCUGGUGCCCACGCGCGCCCCCACGCCGCGGCAGGGACUGCUGCUCAGCCUGGAGACCACCCCGUCCAAUCCAAACAGCGGCCUGGCCACCGCAGCCGCCAGCAGCCUCGUCAACCCCACCAACACGCUCGCUACCAUGCAGUCCGCAGCCCCCCUCAGCGGCGCCGUGGCCGCUGCUCUGGCAGCCACUCCUCACCCCUCCCACCACACGCACAUCACCUCCUCGGCUCCCCUGCCCGCCAGUGCAGCGCCGCCCACCACCCAGCCGCAGAUCCCCUCUGUGGGCAGGACUAGCAUGCUGCACUGCCCUAGCGCCGAGAUAGUUGGGGGAGUGGCGCCGACCGAUUCGGCGGCCACCUCGGGCCCUGGCACCGGCGGGCGUGCAAGGCACCGCUGGCAUGAGGUGCGCGUGAAGCCCUGCUCCGACCCCAUGAGCGGGGAGCGGGUGCUGCUGGUGGUGCAGACGGACGUCAGCAACCAGGUCCGCGCCGAGGAGGUGCUGGCCCGGGUGCUGGAGGCGGAGCACCGGCUGCUGGCGGACAUCUUCCCGCGCCACGUGGUGCGCCACAUGACUGCGGCGCGCAACAGCGAUGCGGAGCGCCGCCGCAACGGGCUGCAGCUGCUGAGGAACAUACAGGAUCCUGCGGCGCUGGCGACCUCACACGAGUGCAUCACGGUGCUGUUCGCGGACAUCAAGGGCUUCACCGAGAUGUGCAAGGAGGUGCCGCCCGCCACUGUCAUGACCUUCCUCAACGACCUGUACACGCGACUGGACAGCCUGACUGACGUGUAUGGCGUGUACAAGGUGGAGACCAUCGGCGACUGCUAUAUGGUGGCGGGUGGCCUCAUGGCUCGCGACGAGGACGGAUUCGGGCAGGCGGUGCGGCGCGGGGAGGAUCCGCCCGACCCGCUGCAUGCGAUGCGGGUGGUGUCGUUCGCAAGGGCCAUGCUGGCGGAGGCGGCGCGGGUGCGGCUGCCAAACACCGGUCAGAGCGUGCAGAUGCGCAUCGGCAUCCACAGCGGCCCCGCCACUAGCGGCGUGGUGGGUCAGAAGAUGCCUCGCUUCUGCCUGUUCGGCGACACCAUCAACACGGCCAGCCGCAUGGAGAGCACAGGUCGGCCCGGCUGCAUCCACGUGUCCGCGUCCACGCGCAGACUGCUGCCCGCUGGGGAGGACGAGCUGGGCUGGGUCAGCACCGGGGGCGUGGAGGUCAAGGGCAAGGGCCGCAUGGAGACGUUCCUGUGGGAGCCCCAGUCGGAGGGUGCCACACGGCAGCGCCGGGAGCUGCAGCAGCGCGCCAUGCUGCUGGGCACGCUUCCGGACGCCGCCCUGCAGAGCCUUGCGGCAGGGGCGGCGGUGGUGGUAGGAGGAGUAGGGGGCGCGGGAACGGCCGGUGGUGCAGCGCCUGGGCAGAUGACGGCGCCCGCUGUGUCUGAGGUGGGUCUCGGGUCCAGCGCGUCCGGCAGCAGCAGUGGACGGCUGGCGGCGGGCGGAGUCGGUGGGUCCCUGCUGGCUGCAGGACGAGGAGGAGGAGAGGGUACGGGAACAGGAGGGGCAGGGAUGCCAGCAGCGGGAGCAGGAGGGAUGGUGGCGGCGGCGUCGGUGCAAGGCGCUGGAGGGACACGACUGAUGGCUGAGGGGGCGUGCUCCUCGUCUGCACCGAGGGACCGCGCUGUUGAUCAGUUUAUGCGUGGACGUAUGUCUUGUCGUGAUAGUGGCAAUAGGGGCUAUUAAUUGUGAAGUGACGCGCGCAGGUUCAGGUUGUUCGGGGCUGAGGUGCCUCCAAUCCCGCUUUGACUAUACUGCAUUAAAAUAUUCGCUUAAACCGCUUGCUAUAUACCUUUGUUUGUUGUGUUAGAUCUACACUGCUUGCGGAAAUACUUGCCUAGUGCGUGCGGCCACUAGGUGGCCACCUAUGUGCUGUUACUCCAGUCCUUUUGUUCAAAUGUUGGACCCCCAUGCAAGCCACUGCUCGAAAAGAAUGAGCUGAAAUGUGACAUCUGCUCUGUUUGGGGCGGCGUGAAAGUUUCUUUGACACGAUGCCGGCCCUGAUGGUGAUGGCAAGCACACAAGGAGAGAACGACGGAGUGCGAUGGUGUAAGGGGUUCCAGAAGGUGGUUCCUCCUGUUCACCAGAGGUGCACCCGCUGGGCGUCUACCUCUGUCUUGGGAUCUUACGAUGAGAAACCUGGAGGGAGCUGGGCCAUCACACUUGCUGCUUCUCCUUGAGCAUUUAAUCAUGCAAUGGCGUGCAGGCCGUAGAUAUAUGGGCAUCAGGCCGUUUGCAAGGAGGGCAGUUCUGUGUAUUUCCGGUUCCGCCUGCUUCUCGUAUUUUGCUGUUGCUGCAAGUGGUGGGGCCGGCGCUUAGAGCAUAGUGCGAAGAUCAUGUCUUUUCCUGUGACCUUUGCUUUACUGCUGCAGUGUCUGUGAACCAAACAAAAGAGGUGUGUAUGAACCUUCGAAUGUCUUUCCUUGGCGUGCAUACUUGCUGCCGCUGGAGGUAAGGGAUGGCGUGCGGUGCAGCCGCUGUCUCCUUCAUUCCGAUGUGGCCGUGUGUUGGCCAAUUCAAACAUAAUCCUCACCUGCAGCGUCGGGUGCUGCUUGCAGGGUUGGUUACAAGCUUUGUCAAUUAGUAAGAAAGUGUGUGGGGUGAUUUGGAAUGGAUUUGGGUCUUUCAUGUCCUCUUCCGAAUCCUUACCUUGGUGGCGGCCUAUCUAAUUUGGAUGUUUUAAUUAAACAGUGUGCUUUUGUAGCCCUCCCCGUUUGGCUCUAUGCUGGAUUGAUAGUAUUCUCUUCUGGGCUCAUGUCCUUUAGUCUGAUGUAGUGCAGGUAUCCGCUGCUGCCUAUCAUCAUCUUAAGAAUAGGAAAGGAGUGCCUUGGCAAACGAAGGCUUGGUCGAGCAUGCCCAAAUUGGGAAGGUAAUGCACAUGGGACUGGUUUGGUGGUGGUGGUGGUUGUGAUGGUAGCAAUGAUAGCGGUGAUACUGUCAAACAAGGCUUCCAAUGAGGCUGGCGGGUGUAACGGGGUGCAUGGGUGGCUUGCUGCCUGGAUUGCUGGAUGUGGGGGGCUGGGGGUUACAUUUGUUGGUACCAAGACUUGGAUCCGUUCCAGUUCAGCUCGGUGCAGUGAUGAUGAUGGUGCAAUAAAUGCUUGGUAAAUGAUGGGCUGAUGGGAUAGCAUGGUGGCUCAGCAGUGCUGGGGAUAAGUCGUGAUGUUGUUGGUGGUCGUGGUGGUCAUGGUGGUGGCUUAGGACGGACAGGCAGAUGUGAGUCUAGCCUAUAGUGUCUCUAAGAGGGGUGCCGUUGAUGUAAGUGUCACAGGCCGGAUUUCAGGCCAAUAUUGUCCGCUGCUGUGGGUGCACCACUGGGUGUUACAAAAUGGCUGGUCCUUUCCUAAGGGUGCGGGGUGGAGGGUGCAACAGUGGCGGACAGCGGACCUGCUGGGAGCUUGGCGCCCUGGUUUGGUUAUUGGUUUUCAUGGAUGCUGCAGAAAAUAGUCAGGGCUGUUUAGCUUUGCUGGGGCGCCACCAGCCCUCUGCUGAAACAAGCUGUUAGUGGCUCUGAUGCUGAACUUUGGCUUAUCCUCCUUGCCAAGGUGAUGUAGGCGAGGAGCAUGUGGGCUGAGUGCUGAGGAAUGAUGUUGUGAACAAUGCUACCCUUUUCUGAAACUGUUAUAGUGUUAUUGUUGGCAAGCGAGUACCCACGGCCUGUUGUUUCAUCAAGCAAUGAAGCUCCAUGCUGUCAACUGUUAAAAUAUUGCUAAUGCUUAUAAGGGAGAAGAAGAGGUGUUCCUACACGGCGAACGACUGGAAUCCUAUGUGGUGGUACUGACGAGAGUGAUGUUGUGGUGCUGGUAGGGCCGGUGUUGGCCCUGAUGAAUGUGGUGAGGUUCAUCCAAUGCCGUGUUCCUGGUUGGACCUGGUCAUCUGCUCCAACCAUACACGUACCCUUUUGGCAGCGUUUAGGUGGUUCCCAUGAAGCCGAUUAUCCUAACAAUGGAAAGCAGUGUCCGUGGUGGUGGUGGUGGGUGAUGGAGAGAAGCGCUGCAUUGUUCUUACUGUUUGCGCGAGCGAUGUUAACACACCUCAUGGAUUUCAUUCUCCCUUGUGCUUUGACACUCGCCUCUUUCUGCUAUGGAUGUCCUUGCGAGCUGUUGGGGGAGGGUGUUCUGGUUGAGUGAUGAGAGGUUCUUUGCUGUGUCCCAUGGGUCGGUGGGCUGCCUGCAUUACUGGCGGCACUUGCUCUGUGAACUUUUGAAGAUGCCUCGGAUGAAGGGGUUAAACUGAACUGAUUCCUCGAUGCUUCGGAAGGGGUUGGGGGCUUUUACCUGGAUAUGGCAAACAGUGGCCAUGGGGGUGUGUGGAUGCUGGAUGGGUUCCUCUUCUUGUUGCUCGAAGCUACUGGUGGUGUGUAUCAUCCCUCCGUCCUGAUAUAUUUUCUAUGACCAUAAUGAGAGGGGUUCUGCAUGUGUAGGAUGGUGAUAGGCAGUAUUCAAUACAAGCGAC